UCAUCAUAUGAUGAUCAUUGUAGAACAUUGAGUAGAAAUUUAAAUGCAUCUAAUAAUGAUGAUUUUAGAUCAAAUGUUUAUCAUUCAAUUAUUCCAAUUGAACAAUUACCAAUUAUGAAAGUACAAGAUAUGGCUUCAAAAGAGAAACAAAAAGAAAAUGCUCUAUUACAAGAACGUAAAUUACAUAAUAGUAUGGUUGCUAAACCUGCUGCUGUUGAAUCUUCAAUGUUUAGAUGUGGUAAAUGUAAGAAAACUCAAUGCACUUUUUAUGAAAUGCAAACUAGAUCUGCUGAUGAACCUAUGACUGCUUUUAUUACUUGUCUAAGUUGUGGAAAUAGAUGGAAACAAUAA